AUGAAGGCCUACAGCCACAGGCAAGUAAACUGUGAGACAGAUUUUGUUUCCAGAAAUAUAAAAUUUCAGCAGUUGGUCCAGCAAGUAGCCCUGGGCACCCUGUUGCAUUGUCAGAACCUAAAGGAUCAGCUCUCCACAUACAGUAAAGGCUUCUUGAAUUCCUCCGAGCUCUCUGAACUUCCCGCUGGGCCUGAGACCGAAGGCUCUCUCAAGGAUCAGCUAGCCUUAGCAAUUGGGAAACUGGGAGAAAACAUGACCCUUAAACGAGCUGCAUGGGUGAAGGUGCCAGCUGGGUUCUAUGUUGGCUCUUAUGUCCACGGAGCAAUGCACAGCCCCUCGCCCCACAACCUGGUGCUGGGGAAGUACGGGGCCCUGGUCAUCUGCGAGACAUCUGAGCGGAGAGCAAACCUCGAAGACCUUGGCCGCCGCCUCGGGCAGCAUGUGGUGGGCAUGGCCCCUCUCUCUGUCGGCUCUUUGGAUGAUGAGCCUGGGGGAGAGGCGGAAACCAAGAUGUUGUCUCAGCCAUACUUGCUGGAUCCCUCCAUCACAUUGGGACAGUACGUGCAGCCUCAAGGGGUGUCUGUAGUAGACUUUGUGCGGUUUGAAUGUGGAGAAGGUGAAGAGGCAGCAGAAGCUGAAUAG